GGGCUCUGUGGCAGCGGCGCCGGAUGCGCCCUCGGCUGCCGGGAGGUGGCGGCGCUGUCGCCAGAGGGCGCCGCGUGCCCGCGCGGGCAGCGGGGCGUGGCGCGGCGCGGCCCAGCAUGCAGCGCGGCGCCGUUUGAAUGGCGCAGGCUGUGGGUGCUGGGUCGCGGUGGUAGUAGUGUUUUGUGGCUUCUUCUCCCACUUGGCGUGGGCCAGCCCGGUACGAUGAGCAACGGGGAUUUGAGAGAUUAUGGCAUCUGAAGCCCACAAUGUUAGAAAACAGAAAGUAUUGCAUAUUGAAGGUCAUCACAUUGAUCUCCCCAGGAAAAGAAUCUCUUCUUCCACUAAAAAGAUCAUGAAGGAGGGCAAGAAAUCUCCAAAACAGCUGGCUUCAUACACAAACAGAGUAACAGUUGGAAAAACGGUGGCAAGUCCCCUCUCUCUUUUCAAAGUCGUUUAUUGUAAAAGAAAAGUUCAUUGCUAUACUCCAAAGCCUUGUUACAGAAAGAAACAGCACCCUAAAUCUAGGGACUGUGACAUGGCAAAUAAAGAAAAUGAACUGGCUUGUGCAGGGAAUCUGCUAGCAAAAGUGCACAAUAGUCGUACGUGCUUCCUGAAUUCUAGCGACUCUGGCUCAUCUCAAACAGAAGGCCCCUCAUCCAAGUACAGUGGAUUUUUUUCAGAGGUUUCUCAGGACCAUGAAACUAUGACUCAAGUUCUUUUCAGCAGGAAUCUGAGGCUGAAUGUAGCUUUAACCUUUUGGAGAAGAAGGAGUAUAAAUGAACUGGUCACCUACUUAGUGAGGAUACAGGAUCUUGGAGUAGUAGUAGACUGCCUUCCUGUGCUUACAAAGAGUUUACAGGAAGAAAAACCAUUUAUUUCAGUUGGCUGCUGUGUAGAUCUUUUGCCUUUAGUGAAAUCUCUGCUUAAAAGCAAAUAUGAAGAAUAUGUGAUAGUUGGUUUAAACUGGCUUCAGGCUGUCAUUAAAAGAUGGUGGUCAGAACUGUCUGCACAUACCGAAAAGGCAGAGGAUGGAAACAUUCAUAUUUUAAAACAAGAAUUAAGUGGUUUAUGGGAACAGCAGAAUCAUCUGACACUGGUUCCAGGAUAUACUGGUAACAUAGCUAAGGAUAUAAAUGCUUAUUUAUUACAGCUGCACUGACAUGAUUGGGAAACUGGGCUUACGUGAAAUGUGUACUAUGAAAGCCUUUUGAGAAAUACUGGCGGAAGAGAACUGAACUGUCAAGCUGUUUAAUAAAACCACUAACAUCAUAACCAUCUACUUCACAUUGAAGUGGAAAAAUGUCUAGUAGGAGCAACUUUUACUUCAGUGAGGUGAAAGUGCACUAUGAAAACUGUAUGCCUUUGCUGCAUUUGGGAUUCACUUAGUUACUAGGUAUUCAUUGAAAUGCUACUGUAUUUUACUACAACAUCCCACAAAAGAUGAAUUAUCCUGUCAUGAAGCCAAGACAGCUGAACCAGUUACAAGGAACCAACAAAAGCAAUCGGCAUUAAGAGUUUUAAAAUCUGUCUUUUACAAGAGAACUCCAAAAUGCACAACUAUCUUCCAGUUACAUUAAAAAACAAAAAAACAAAAAA